AUGGCUGACAAGAAGAUUAAGAUCGGAAUCAACGGUUUCGGAAGAAUCGGUCGUUUGGUCGCUAGAGUUAUCCUUCAGAGGAACGAUGUUGAGCUCGUCGCUGUUAACGAUCCCUUCAUCACCACCGAGUACAUGACCUACAUGUUCAAGUACGACAGUGUUCACGGUCAAUGGAAGCACAACGAACUUAAGUUGAAGGAUGAGAAAACCCUUCUCUUCGGCGAGAAGCCAGUCACUGUUUUCGGCUUCAGGAACCCUGAGGAGAUCCCAUGGGGUGAGGCUGGUGCUGACUUCGUUGUUGAGUCCACCGGUGUCUUCACUGACAAGGACAAAGCCGCUGCUCACUUGAAGGGUGGUGCCAAGAAGGUUGUCAUCUCUGCCCCAAGCAAAGACGCUCCCAUGUUCGUCGUUGGUGUCAACGAGCAUGCAUACACUUCUGACCUUAACAUUGUCUCCAACGCUAGUUGCACCACCAACUGCCUUGCUCCCCUUGCUAAGGUGAUCAAUGACAGGUUUGGUAUCGUUGAGGGACUCAUGACCACCGUCCACUCUAUCACUGCUACCCAGAAGACUGUUGACGGUCCAUCAAGCAAGGACUGGAGAGGUGGAAGAGCUGCAUCGUUCAACAUCAUUCCCAGCAGCACCGGAGCUGCCAAGGCUGUUGGAAAGGUGCUUCCAGAGCUCAACGGAAAGUUGACCGGAAUGUCCUUCCGUGUCCCCACCGUCGAUGUCUCAGUUGUUGACCUCACAGUUAGACUCGAGAAAGCUGCAACCUACGACGAAAUCAAGAAGGCCAUCAAGGAGGAAUCUGAAGGGAAACUAAAGGGAAUCCUUGGUUACACCGAAGAUGAUGUUGUUUCUACCGACUUCGUUGGUGACAGCAGGUCGAGCAUUUUUGACGCAAAGGCUGGAAUUGCAUUGAGCGACAACUUCGUGAAGCUGGUGUCGUGGUAUGACAACGAAUGGGGUUACAGUACCCGUGUGGUCGACUUGAUCAUGCACAUGGCCAAGACUGCCUAA